AUGUCCAAACUCAAUGCGGGCGCAUCGGAGUGGCACCCAAGGGACGAUAUUAUUCUUACCAGCCUCACGCUUCCGCCUACGACGGACGACGCCAAUCAAGAGGGGGCGGCGCUUUCCAUGCCCCCCCCUGGCGAUGCGAGCACGCCCUCGCCGUCGUUGGGGUUGCCAGACUACUACCCCUCCUUCAUGCUGCGCGAGCAGCAGCACCCGGGGUCCGCGGACGCGGCGAACGGUGGGGAGGAGCAGGACUGGCAGGCGGAGUUCCAACACGUGAUGGAGCUGACGUUGAAGAUGAUCGAAGAGCAACUCCACCCCUCCGCGUCUGAGGAGCGGGGCGCCGGGGAGGCGAAUCGAAAAGAGCCCGCGGCGGCCGAGAACGUCGACCCCGCCGUUGCCGCGGAGAAGAAGGCGAAGAAGUUCAACACCACCGACGGGCGGCCGCUGCCGCCGCUCACCAUUAACGGCAACCGUCGCUGGAAGAAACCCACCAAAGCGCAGCAGCGCCGCGAGCAGGCGCAGAAGAACGCCUUUGAGGCCUUUGCGGGCGCCCUUCUACACAGCGUUUCCCCUUUUAUGGCGCCGUUGCGGGAGCGUUGCAAGACGUCGUUGCCGCAUAUAAAAGUAGAUCAGCGGUUUGGCAAGGUGGGGCAGCCCCAAACGGCGAUCGCGCAGUUCACGGUGGCGCCGCUCGUAACGAAUUACCGCCCACGCCACCUGCACGACGUCACCCCGGGCGAUUUGAUGGAGUUUCAUUACGACCUCGCCCUCGUGAUGCGGCAGAUCACCUCGGCGUACUCGAUUAUUCUCGGCUACGGUCCGGUAUGGAAGCGCUUUGCGGUGCCCUACGCCCAUAUCGCGUGCCGGGAUUACCGAAAUGAGGUGCUGAAGCUUUGCCCGGACGAAACCCCGAACUCCCGCGCCGAGGCAAUUUACGAGGACGACGUUGUGAAGAACAUCACGGAUGUGAUACUCGCCGUGGAGGAGCUGGAGCCGCUGCAGCACAUGCCGAUCUUGACGGCGAUGAGCAAACGGCUGAACCUCGCGCCGAUGUACGACGCCUUUGACGCCAUCUUCGAGCCGCUGGAGAACUAUCAGAUCGAGAUCACGGACUUGUACAAAACCCCAUCCACAUUUUUACUCAAGACCUCCGCCUUGGAAGUGGAGCAGAAACCGCAGCCCAUUACUCUCUAUGGCGAUCCGAAGUUGUGGUAUGAACUCCCGGUGGUAUCGAGGGUCGUCGUGCGGGAUACCAGGGAUGAGGAUAGCGAUGGGGCGCGGGAGGGGGAUGUCGACGGGGGUGAGGGGGGGAGCAGCAGCCAAGGGGCCGGGAGGGCCGGCAAAGUCGCCUCCGCGACCACGACGAUGGAGCCCGCUGAGAGUUCCGGCAAAGGGCACGGUAAGAGGAGGGGUGAUAGCACGGUUCCGAACAAAAAUGCGAUGGAGGGAUCCGGAAAGGGAUCAACCCAGACACCCCCUUUGUGGAUGUUCGUCGCGCCCGUUGUGCUCAGCUUAGCGUGCGUGACGGCUACGGUAGGGGUGGUUCUGAAACGAAGGGCGCGGUAA